UAGUCUUCAAUUCAUUGUUUUUUUGUAUGUCUUUAUGUCCCCUUAAAUUUGCUUUGCUUGCUAAUGUUAGGUUAGUUUGUUGAUAAAUGUUUGUUACUUCUUGUUAAUGUUAUUAUGCUUAUGCUUAUGAUGAAGAGAAGCGAGACGUCUAAGUAUUUUUCUGCCUAGUUGGAUUCUUGGCUCUCAGAUGUUGAAAAAAAACACUUGUAUAUAGCAUUUGGAUUAAUGUGAUCACAUUAUUCAUAUGUAAUUUGCUGUUUUUGUACCAUGUUAGCAUGCCCUUUGUUGUGUGCACAUUUUUUCUUUUGAUUGCUGGACUUGCUUUCAUCUUAUGUUUAGUUUGUGGCAUAACCCUACAGAUGAUCUUUGGGGUUUAUUAUUAUGGCUCUAUCCCUGAAGAGAGGUAUAUGCAAACAAUUGAGCUUCAAAGGUUUAUACCUUAGCCUCAAGGUGAAAUUCAUUUGACACUGUCCAUUAAGUCUGUUUUUAAGCAUUUGACUUCAUAAUGGUCACUGCUAUAAGAAGCUAGAAUUAGAAUCUAGUUCAUGUAUGAACCUUCGGAGUAGUGAUCUCUGGAAGGAGUGGCUUCAAUAUUGCUUGAGAGGAAUAAUGGAAGAUAGUGAUGGUGAAUGAAGAUACACGUUGGCAGGAGUGGUUACGAAUUAUAGCGGUGUACCUAUCGACACCCAAAUGUUCAAGUCAACCAUUUGUGUUAGGGCUUGUAAUGACAACUAACAACUUGUAACUGCAUAACCGCCCCUCCGUUAGAUUUUGUACUGUUGAUUAAUGGGAGCUCCAUUUUGUCUUCGAAUGAGCUUGAAGGCAUUGGGCUGGCUGACAUGACCUUUGGCCUGUGGACACCUAAGAUGGUGCAGAACAUAUUUUAAUAAUUAAAAAAUAUUGUGUGGCACUCAAUGGUUGAGUGGCAUGGAAAGAGAAAGAAAAACAAAACACUGCUGUUUGCCAAAGAAAGAAAUAACAAGGAACCGGAACAUUACUGGAUAGAGUUGUGUGAACAAAGUGUACCAUUUUGUUUAGAGUACCAAUGCAAGCUAGUGUCCAUUAAGGUGUUAAGAUGAAAGAGCCCUGCUUGAAUUUGGUACGGCAUCAUUUUAAUGAUUCUCUUUUCUAAUUAGAGGCCUUGCUAAAAGGAUGAGCGGAGCUCUGAGUAAACAUUCUAGAUAAUGUUUCUGCAUUUUUGGAAGGGAGAGAGGGGAACUGAUUCUGUUUGUUGUUAUUAUUAAUAAUUUCUGGUUGCUUCUCUCCUCCCAAGUUUGUCAUAUUUUGUAACCAUGACACGUAAGUUACAGCUUAUCUCCUAAUUUGGUAAAUGGAGAUGUUGGGGCCGCAAUAGAGUUUCUAAUGGCAGAACAAGGAGCAGAAGAGUGCUCUUCAAAUUUUGAUUGCCUUCAAAGCCAGGCUAGUACUAACGGUUGUGAUGUAAAUGAGAAUCGUGAAAAUCACAAAGAAAACAUCGUAGAGGACAACACUAAUGAUAAAUCAAACAAUGGCUCCAAGAAAACCAAUGAUAAAAUCACAUUACAACAAAAUGACAAGGUUUGCAAGGAACUUGGCCUUCGAAACGAGAUGGAAUGUAUUGUAACUGCCAUGUCUGCUAUGGAACCAAUCAUUGUGAAGGCUGAUGAACAACAAGCUUACUCCAUUGAGUUUCGGAAUUGGUGUCUCAAUCUCAAAACUCACUUGUAUGAGGCUGAAGAUAUGUUGGACAAUCUCCACGCUCUUCGCAACCUUGUUAUUUCACAACCACAGGAUGGGGAAGUUGUUGGCGACUUGCUUCGGGGGCUAGAUCAUAAUCAAGCUCUGUCAUGUUUCGGUACUCAACAUGGGGUAUUGACUUAGCAAGGUGGAAAGAACUUCGAGAGGAAAGACGAGAAGUGGCUGAUUUGGAAAAAUUUGUUCAACACGUGCAUGGAAAUCAUUUUAUACCAAACAUGGCAUUAGUGGACUGCACAACUGAUUCUGCCAUUGUUGGCUAUUACUAUGAUUGGUUGCGCAAAGGAAUACAUGUAGUUACCCCCAAUAAGAAAGCAAAUUCAGGACUACUUGAUCAGGUAAAGUAAUCCAUUUGUCCUUUUGAUGGAUAAAAUGCUAUUGGUUGUUUUUUUACUUGUCUCCCCUAAUUAGUUAGUGCAAUAGGUUUUUGAAAUUUCAUACCUAUUUUGUCACUAUGUACUCUGCUAGAAAUAGAAUUUACCGUACAUCAAUUUAGGUUCAUCUAUUUUCAACUUUUAUGAUUUUUUUAAAGAAUAUAUCAGUUUAAGGAAAAGAGCACUUGAUUAAGAUUUUGUCUGAAAAGGAAAACCACAUAAUUGCAUUGUCAGUACAAGGUAAUUUGGAGAGGUAGCUUCUACUCAUUCAUCAUUUUUGUUAUAUCCUUUUUCCUCUGGCUUUUGUCCCCUUCUCUCUCUUUUUAAGAAAACAAAAACUUCGUGUAAAUUGAAUCAUAUGUUUUUGCAGAAAUCAUGUGUUAGCAUUCUAACAGAUUCUUCAUGUUGAGGAUUAAAACUAAUCAGUAACUUAAUUAGUUGAAGCUGUUUGUGGAUGUCAUUUUCAACUAUGUUUGCUGUGUAGACAAAAUAGAUUUGUGUGAUUAUGAGAUAUGUGCAAUUUGAAAAUAUUGUGUUUGCAGUAUGAACAUUUCUUAUUGUAUAUUUCAAUGACAUUAGUUAAUAAAAAUAUAUUAGAAAUUUAAAUAUAAUUUAUUGGUAUUAAUAAUUUAGAAUUACAAUUAGU